UUGAAAACAUUCCUUAGGUUCUUUGGUUCAAAGUUGGGUUCGAAAACAUCAUUUUUGCCUAAAAAUGACCUAGAACGUACGACCCAAUUAGCCUUAAAUGUGACUACUACGUAUAUAAUUGCAUUUACAUGUGUAAACAAAGUAUAUAAUUGCACUUACAUGUAAAAUAUUCUUUGCAUUUACAUGUGUAAACAAAGUAUAUAUAAUUGCAUAUUUUAUCGAAUGUGUAGUGCUUUUCGGAGUUACAAGAGACUAGGUGGACAAUCUAAGGGAACUAAAUUAACAUGGAUUCCAGCACAGUGUGCUCAACAACCGGGAUCACUAGAUUGUGGCUACUACGUCAUGCGUUUUAUGUACGACAUAAUAAUGAAUCAUGCUAAUAGUCAAGAUCUUACUAAGGAUUUUUCAAGAACAUUGCCUUAUUCAGCGGAGGAGAUUAAUGAGGUGAAAGAUUUUUGGGCAGAUUACUUCAUGAACAAUGUCGAAUUUUUAGCUUAAUUUGUAAUAUGAACUUGAUCUCUAGCUAGCUACGUACCUUUGUUGUAAUAAUUUUAUGUUUGUUGUAACAUGUUGGUUGAUCGAUCUAUGACGAAUUUAAUUGCCUUUUAUUGGGAACGUUAAUUACGUUGUAAACUUUUGUGACAGGUAUUAAUUAUAAAUGUAUUCCCGGUAUUGGGAAUGAA